GAUUGGAGUGAACGUCACUCUGCCGCCCUUCCUCUCACUCCUUUAAAGCUCCGUGGCUACACCAGUCCUGUCCUUUCUCUUUAACAAACAAAAGAACAGCGCAAGCCUCCGGUUCAAACAGCAUUCGGUAGCCCUAAACAGUCAACACACACAACGUAAUUCGAUUUGAAUCAAUCAUGAAGAGGGUCCUGUCUCUCACCAUCCUCAUCUGUGCCGUCCUCUGCUCGACUGCGAAAACAGAUGGCCCGAUCUCGGGCCGCUGGCGCGGGGGACGUCGCUACGCGUACGCCUACAGCGCCAGCGUGGCGACAGGGCCCGAGGCGACAGGCCCGGGAGGCCGGCACGUGGCCGGGGUGAGCCUGGACGGGCGCGUGCACCUCGCUGUGCUGUGGUCCAGCAAGGAGCAGCAACUUUUGAGCGUCACGCUGAGCGACGUCCACUUCGGGAACGUGUCGGAGCGAGCGGCCAAGCAGGACGCUGCGAGGGCGGCGGGCGGAGACGGAAUUCUGGCAGCGGCUGGGAUGAAGGCCCUGCAAGCUCCCACGCUCGUUCUCAUCACCCAGAACAAGGUGGAGGGGCUGUACGUGGAGCCGGGGGAGCCCGUGGUGGUGGAGAACUUGAAGCGGGGCCUUGUGAGCCUGCUGCAGUUCCAGCUGUCGAGCGGAGAGGCCACCGAGAUCGAUGUGUCCGGAAAGUGCAAGGUCACCUACGAGGUCAAUUCGGGUCAGGUGACCAAGGUCAAGGACCUGAAGAGUUGCAGCAACCAUCAGACCGCGCCUUCCGCAACUAACAAGGUGCUCGGGUUGAAGUGGAGCCCAAAGAGUGUGGCGUCGUACACUUUUGAGGGCGGUUUUCUGAAGUCUGUUUCGCUGGAAGAGACGCACGGCAUCACCCUCAACAUGCGCACUGAGGUUGGGAAGACGGUGGUGAGCAGGCAGCGGCUGGAGAUGCUCUCGGCCGAGGGCGGCGCCAAGCAGCUGAAGGCCAAGACGGCCAAGGAGGCGGUGGCGAGCGCCGGCGGGAAGCACGCGAGCCGCCCACUGCCAUCCGAGAAGCUGCGCCACGAGUGCGCCAGCUGCCCCUCGGCGAAGAAGCAGCUGAGCGCCGUGCGGAGGCACCUGCAUCCGGAGACGCUGUCGCAGACGGUCACCACGCGCAGCUUCCUCAAGCUGGUGCGCGCCUUCCGUGGCGCCGAGUACGGCGAGCUGCUGCGGCUGCUCGAGGACGAGCCCAAGGACACGCUGCUGCAGCUGAUCGACGCGAUGAGCGCCACGCAGACCGACGCGUCGCUGCGGGCGCUGCUCCGCUUCCUCGACCUGUCCCAGGGGAGCAUGGCGGAGGCUCACGAGCGCUUCCUCUACGCCUGCGCCUUCGCCACCAAGCCCUCGCAGCAGCUGCUCUCCGGCCUGCUGGAAAAGCUGAAGUUGCCGAUCGCUCAGUCGCAGACGAGCGACACGCUGGUGAUCGUGAUAGGGGCCCUCGUCGGGAAGCUGUGUCAGGCCGGGCAGUGCGACUCUGCGCCGGUGGUGGAGGCGCGGGAGCUGCUGUUUGCGGGGCUGGAACGCGCCGCCUCGGACGCGGAGGCUCAGGCGUUCCUGCUGGCGCUCAAGAACACGCUGCUGCCCGACACGGUCGGCUUGUUCGCGCGGCACGCCGAGGUCGGCUCGGGCGCCAGCAGCGUCAUCGCCAUCUCCGGCCUCCAGCGGUUCCCUGAUGAGCUCAUCACGCCGGAGGUGCGGGCGGCGCUCAACAGGAUCUACCACCAGAACCGGCGCGUGUACGAGAAGACGGUGCGCGUCGCCGCGAUGGAGCUCAUCCUCACCAAGCAGCCGUCCCUCGAGGAGGUGCGCAACAUCCUGCUGUCGGUCGGCGAGCUGCCCAACGAGAUGUCUAAGUUCGUGGUGGUGCGCGUCAACGACCUCCUGCACUUCCACCACCCUACCAGCCAGGUGAUCAGACAGGUGCUGCGAGACCCCAUCGUGCACAACUACGACCGCUUCUCCAAGACGGGCUCCUCCUCCGCCUACUCCGGCUUCAUGUCCAAAACCAAGGAUAUGACCAGCACGUACAGCCUCAACAUCCUCUACUCCAACUCCGGCAUGCUCCGCAAGAGCAACAUGAACAUGUUCCUCUUCUCACACGAGGCCCAGCUGCAAGCUGUGCAGGUGUCGCUGGAGGCUCAGGGACUGGAGGGGCUAAUUGCGGCCACGCCGGACGAGGGAGAGGAGGAUCUGGACUCGAUGGCGGGGAUGGCGCCCAUCCUCUUCGACGUGCAGCUGCGUCCAAUCACCUUCUUCCACGGCUACGGCGACCUCAUGGCCAAGAUGUGGGACGCCACGGGGGAGCCGACCUCCGCCGUCAAGGGCAUCAUCCUGCUGAUCGAUCACUCGCAGGACUUGAGCCUGCCGUCAGGGCUGCGUGCCGACGUUGAGUUUCAAGGAAGCCUGGCCAUCGACAUCUCGGGCAGCAUGGACGUCAGCCUGUGGCACCGCGAGUCCAAAACCAUUGUGCGCAACAAGGGUGCCUUGAUGCUGUCCGGGGUGGUCUCCGUGGCGCUGGGCCACCUGCAGGUGAACAGUGAGCUGAGCGCCGAGGCGGCGGCUGGCAUGGACUUCACCACCACCGUCAAGUUCAACUCCUACCCGUUCCUGGUGUGCAUGCAGAUGGAGAAAGACACCUUCCCCUUCAGGGAGGUGCUCACACAGUCGGAGAAGGUGUCGGGGCUGAAGAUCCAAUACAGCGUUCGCAAGGGACGAUCCAUCCUCAUCCCAGGCUCCGAGUUUCCGCUCCACCAGGACAACUCGGCCAUGUGCCGCCGCAUGCACCAGCCCGAGGACAGCGAACCCGAGUGGUUUUGAGGCGCCCACUCACUCACUCACCCACCAACCGACCCACCAAACCCACCAACCCACCCACCACACCCACCCACACUCACCCACCAAACCCACCCACACUCACCCAACACAUGGCCCCCGUGUCCUCCCCCAGCGAGUGACGGCGCUCGGCAUGAAGCAAAGCAAGGAAAUGAUCAGCGCCCCAAGCAGCUCCAAGAGUGACCCACCUCCCCCACCCCCCACCCCCCGGAUUCGUGGCAGAAAUAGGGGCGAGCAGCUCAAAUUAAAAUCCGAAAAAACCAGCAAGCGAAUUGACUUACGACAGCAAAGAUAUCUGGCUCGUCCCUGUCUUCCAAGUGGGGUAUUGUGUGUCAGGCCACGUAUUGAGCGUUUAUUCUCUCAAGCUCCUGGAGAUGCCUACAAUAGUGCGUGGUGAAAGCUUGAGAGGGGGAAUGCUCAACACGCGGCCUAACCCGGAAUACCGCACUUGGAUUAGGAGUAGCUGCGACAAUGUGCUCAUCCCUAGCUCGCCUCUUCUCUCGUUUAAGAUCACCCUUGUCUCUUUGUCUGCAUCUCUUUCAUUUCACUGCUUCUCCAUCUCAUCUGCAUCUCGAGUUCUCUCAUGCCACUACAUAUUUCUAUCUUUCGUCUGCAUCGCUCAACAUUCUCUACAUGUUCUGUCGCUCUGCAACGUCUCCAUCCCAUGUCGAAAUCUCUUCUGUCAUCUCAUGAGGAUGUUAGAAGUGGAAAGUGGUGAGGGGAGUGAGUGGCCAGCACCCCGCUGCCCCUUGCAAUCCCUUUAGCCGCACAGCCACACACACCAACAGCACGCGGUGACCACGUGGUGACCCUGCGGUGACCCCACGCGGUGACCACGUGGUGACCGCACGGUGACCCCACGCGGUGACCACGUGGUGUCCUCCAAGGCCCACCAGACUAAACGACAGCAACCGUAGUUUUCACAGAUCGCAGCGAGAUGAUGUUCUGUUUACUCUGCUAAACUCGAAUGCCAGACGCAACCGAUAGACGUGCCAUAUUGUUUGUAUUAUUAGACGCACUUUUUGCCCUGUAUUUUAAAGCAAAAAGUUGGGGAUGCGUCGUAUAAUCCGCUACGUGUGAGUGAGUGUGUGUGAAAGAGACCAGAUAUAUAUAUGUAACUUUAUUGACACCGGGCACAAGUUUGGGGUGCGACUUACAUUCCGGAGUUCCUCGUAAUCUGGAGAAUACGUUAACGGAAAAAAUAAUGCCUGUAACAACUCGCAUUUGUUAUUAACACUGCCCUAUUAUAUAUAUAGAUAUAUACUCUACAGUGAUUCUCUGCCCUGCAGGUCUACUGCCCAAACAUUUGUUUUUGAGGCAGUGUUAACGAUGAAUGUGGCGAGUUUCCUUCAUGUUUCUCCUUGUACACCACUGCCACUUGUUUUAUGAGAAACCAAAAACGUGCGAUGCAUUUCUUUUUAUUCAUCCAACCACGGGGGGGGGGGGGGUGUACAACUUCCGCGAUAUGUGAGUGGUGAAUAGCGGGGUAGGCGGCUCGGACAGACAACCAACUAAGACGUAUAGGACCGUAGCAUUACGUGGUACGUGCAUCAGAUCCAUUUUCUUUGGGGAAGAAAGGGGGAGGAAUCGGUCUCAUUUCAAGUUCAGUCAAGUAAACUCAGGGUCUCUGGAGUGACAUUCACGAGGGAGCCGCAGAUCUGGUUGACCUCCCCUCUUCCUCAGUUUCAGUCUCGGGUCUUCUAAAGCUGCAAGGGCGAAUUUGGAGUUAUGCCAGAGGGUGAAUGAGGGGGCCUCAUGAUUCUUCCCGGAGCUCCGUGUGAUGCGUUUUACGUGAUAUACAAAUGCAUUGCCAGUAUUUUUCAGUAGCAGCAGCAGCAGGCAAGUUCUUACCGUCCGCACUUUUGCUCUUUCGUUCAGUCCCACGAUCCUGCAAUCCAUCACACGAGGUGAUCUCAUUGGGUCCAUCUCCACACGUCAUGUCGGGGCGUGUUGCAAGUGGCUAUUUUCAAUUUCUCUUGAGAAGCGCCGAGUGCAUGAUUAAGUGGAAACAUAAUCAGCAACAGAUUACUCAUCCUUCCAAAACUGGAGUUGUAGUUUUUUGUCCAUCCAGGCCAGCUCAAUUCUCAAGUCCCGCAACACUUCAUGCUGUCAGAACUCACAAGGGCAGAACACGCUUUCUCACAUAACACUUACAACACCUUGCUCCAUCCAGUCGGAGGACUCUGCUAUUGUUCCACAGCGCAGGCAGGAUUACAUAAUCACCCCAAAGUUCUGACAAGUACGUGCACAUAUAUAUAGCUCGUGCAUCGGCACGGAUCGGACAGUGAUCUGCCAAGGUCUCUUCUUUGGGGCAAAGUCGGUGGUGAUGUUUAAAGAGCAAAUAUUGGUCGUGAAAAUGUACAGACCUUUUUGUAACCCAAUAAUCGACGAAGGCCUCCCCACACCUCUCAGUCGUGGGGGAGUUUUGACCAUACUUCACCAUUCUGGUCAGCGCGGGCCUACGAAGAGAGUGACCGGUUCGCUUGAGAAGUCACUCGCCGCUGAUGUUUGCCGUGGCCGGCGAUCAAAGUUGGGGCAGCGUUUUAUUUCUCUUACGUGUUAACAAUUUUCGACUUGCGCAGGGAUUUCUGUCCCUAAAAUGAACGAUUCAGCCCCCACCUCCCCCCCUAUCCUCACCCUCCCGCCGCAAGCUUCCCACAUUAAAGAAAAAAUGUGUGUGUUGUGAUUCAGGGUCGCAUUGCAAUUCAAGAAUGUAAUACUUGUUUUUUUUUUUUUUACAUUGUGCUGAAUAUAUGAGGAGCGCCCAGGGUCAUGGGAUCCCAUGUUAUUCAACGGAUACAAAUCGACAAACAAAAAAGUUUCUUUCAAACGUGAUGCGAUGCGUUUAUCAUUGGAUGAAGAAUCGAUGCAUCAGUGCAUCGUUGCAGCCCGACUCGAGCAGACCUCUACAUUUGUAAUGGAAACCGUGGCGGGAAUUACUUUCAAAUGCACACGUUUCACGUUGCCAGUGAACUAUUUGACAACGAGACGAAUGCAGUGCGGUAUGACCCAUAUUUAUCUUGUGUUUCAGCCACUCAUUACAGAGUGUUUGUACAAUAUUGAACAUCCAACUGACACCAUGAGUUUUCUUCUGCUGAUUGAGGCAUUUACAAUUUCAAAGGCAGAGUGUAUUAUUUGGCAAUAAACCCAGAAAAGCAUGAGUUCAAUUCUUAGGAGUAAAAUUAUAGCUAUGAGCAUACGAUGUUCGCUGAAAGCAAAACGGAAAUAUCAAUGAAAAUAAAUUUUCAUUGUAAAUAAGGUGUUCUAUUUGCAAAUGCAUAGUUAUUUAAUAUGCUAUCAUUUACAGCCACGAGUAGGAAUAUAUUUUUAAGUUUGGAAUGUGUUGUCAAGGAAUAUUGCAGUGAUGUUUGUGUAACGAUUACUGGAACAAAAAUAUAAUGAUUCGGAAUGCGAUUGCGAUAUAAACAAACGCUAUGCAUCAUAGACACAAACAACUAAAAUUCGAACAUUUAAUAUGAACAAGCAAAUAUAAAAUUCUUAAACGUCACACUGCAAAGGGUGCACGGAGUUGUAACGGUGAAACGAGAUCGUAUCCAGCAACACACGUCCUGAGAUUUACCGUCACGUGCAGCUUAAAACUUCCGACAACCUGCAGGCUACAAAAGUGUUACAAUUCGACAAAAAGCGGCAGACAUUCCAAAUAAUUUUGGCAGCUGCGUAGAAGAUUCAAGUCUUGUUUACAUCGCAUUGUGGACACAAGUGCUGGCGAGAGAGAAAGAGUUGGUUGGAUCUUUAUGUAUUUUUUUUCUUGUACAAAAAUUAUUUGAGUCAAUAAAAACCAAAAGGAAAAG